UGCUAUAGGGCUGUGUGGGGCUCAGAGUCACAGUAUAUUGUAGGAAGAGAGAGUGUGAGAAGUCUUGAACACACUGAAGUCUGACUAAAGAUGAAGUACAGUAAAAGAAGGACUUGACCUAUUUCGUUUUUAUGUUUCUCUGCUAGUGGAUGUACAGCAUUAGGUCGUGUUUGCUCCAGUUACUUUGCAUACAGAGUGAGACUGACUGACUGUGUGUUGGAUCUCAGAUUGAUGGAGCUUUAUAGAUGGAAUUAGUUUUUUAACCAAUGAUGUCGAUGUCUGAGAUUAAAAGAAUACUGCUGAACUGUACAUUUACACACCAAAAACUGUUUAUGCCACUUAACCAGCCUGCUUUCUAAGGAUUGACGCAUUGAAGUGGUAUUUACAAAAUGGAUGUGUCCCCAAAAUCAAGAGAAACUCUGUUUGCGUGUCAAAUCUCACAAGUUCAGGGCCACCUAUAUAACUCUUUACAGACAUCCAAACCCAGGCCACGCUCUCUGAAUCUAACCCAAAGUAUAUCUCUACCUGAGAAGGGAAAUUUACCCCAGGAAGCACGUGAAAAUUACAGUCUUUAUCAUACUUACAAGUCAAGAUCUAUUGAAACAACAGACAAAAAAGGGUCUGCAGAUUCUAGUAGGUAUGAGUCGUCCUUAAUGCUCCAACACUUCCCUGGCUUUUCUGAGCAUGUUCCAUUAACUAGUCUUCAAAGAAAAACAAAGCCAUCACAUCGCAGAGUAACCCCCAGAUGGCAAAACCUCUUCAUCCCUGAAUCAGAGGUUAAUGAGGAUGAGGAAGAUGAAGACUCUGAUGGAGACAGCUUGCGCAAGUACCAUGAAGGAUCAUCCCUACAACUACAAGGUUGUAAAUUGGCUCAUAGCAGUUCUUCAUUUAGCCAGAAGAUUUUCAACUACAAAACGACCCCUUUCAGUACAUCCAAAGACAACAAAGAACAGGAGAAGGAAUUUGAUACAGGUUGUGAGACCUGCAUGGACAGCAAAGGAACCGCUGUAACCUUCAUGGAUUGUGAUGAACAGGAUUGGGCUGAUGAGGAAGACUACAGCAAGCAUACCCUUGAGGAAUCUGAUAAUUGUUGGGAUCAAACUGACAACCUCUUGAAUUGUAAAUCCUUAACUGAAAACCCAGCAGACUAUUUCACAGACUCUUCCUGUAACAGCUCCGAUGGAGUAUUGGUCAACUUUAGUGCCAUCUACAACAGAACCAACAACGCUGUUCCAGCAACUCCACUUAACCUAGAGAGUCCUGAUCAUGGGUCAGGAAAAGUAUUACAAGAUGGUUCAAACCCUGUGCUCAGCUGGUCAUCCCACAGUGUUGAUUCAAACAGCAACAUCUACUCACUUGACUGUGAUGGCUUUUCAUCAAUGGAAGUUUCUAACCUUGCUCUGUGUCAAGGACGGCUGGCAGGUUCCACUCAGAACUACUAUAAACUGGUAACAUGUGACUUAUCAUCCCAUUCUUCACCCAGCCCACCUUGGUCCUCUUUGACGAGUUCCUCUGAAACUCAUAGCCAGGGAAGCUGUUCUCCACCCUCCGAAUAUUUCCUCUUUGGACAGUCGAAGGAAGAGGAAAAGGAAAAUCCAAAGAUUACCCAAAGUGAACACCAGGGUGAUAUUGGGGGCAUUGAAGGGAUCUGCACAAGACAUGCCAGCAGGGACCAGUUUAAAGGAUCAAAAGACAGAAGGGCACAUACAAAAACAUAUCACUCUGCUACAAGAGUCUCAGAACAUCUCACAACUCCUCAAUCUCAAAGCUGGAUUGGCAGUCGGAAAUAUUUAAAGCAGUUGUCCCAACAAAACAGCUGUCCCGGUCAUGUAGACACAAACGUAUCUUCACCUCGAUCCAGGCAGCAUGCAACCUCAUUUGCAGAAAUUGCUCGAUGUAAGAAGGGAAAUGGAAAUUUAUCAACUACAAAGAAAAAUGCAGAGGGUCCACUGGCCUCAUUCUCUUGUAACCUCUCUGCUAUCCAAAAAGAGAAUAUUUCCGAUCAGAAAGACAUGUCAUUUAACCCCCAAAACAAUACAAUCACAAUAAUCUCCGCAUGUACUGACGGCAGUAAGCAAUCCAAUCCAAAAGAUGAAUGUGCCUCAUCCCCAGAUGUUGUGCGAUACACAAAAGCACAAAGGCCCACCUCUCUCCCGAUCCAGCCUUUCGUACUUCAAGCACCCUCAGGAAAACAACAGAGCAAGACCCUUGCAUCCCUUCUUAAUCAAUACAUCAGUCUUAAGUACAGCAGGCCGGGGCCAUUGAAAGCUAUCUGCAAAAGCAAGGGACAUACAAAUCAACUCUCACCUCCCGGAAAAUACUCCACCAUCCACCUGGAGCCAACCACCAGUCCAGACACUUGUUCCACCUGUACAUCAAGUCCUGUUUUACCCUACAGUCGGCCUCAGUGUACCCACCCCUGCACAUUGUUUGGAUGCAUUCACCAAAACGUAGAUUUGAUGAAUAGAAGCCUAGACCAAACAGAGGGGAGUCCAAAGGCUUGCACUGGAAAACAAGUUUAUUCACUGUCCUUUACGUCCACAAAUCAGGAUGCAAAUUGUCCUCCAGAGCAAGUGUAUACAAAAGAUGCAUCAUACCCUUCUCAACAUGGAUCUUCUACUUCAAUCACAUCAGUGACCUCUUUGACCUCCAUCCCCUGCCUCAUCUCUUUACCCAGAAAUAGACGAAGAUCCCUGUGGCCUUUUAAAGCUUCAUCUCAGGCGUUCACCAAUGCAGGACUCAGCAAAAUCUGCCAUUACUUUGGACCAAUAAAGCCACCCAGUGUUAACGAGGAACAUCAACAUGAUGACUCACUCUCUAGAACUGAUAGACCACCUGAGGAGUUCUGCCUUUCUCCAGAGGCCCCUUUAGAACCUUUUUCAGCUGAAUUACUGCACAAGAAAAGUAUGUUGCAAGCUCUUAGUUCGGCAGUGGAUCUAAUAACAGCACAUUUCAACUCGAGCAAAGAAUCAGAAGAAAAGAUCAGACUUGGAAAUAGUUCCCUGUGCACCAGUAUCUUGCAACUUGUCUUUAAACACCUCUGCCCCACAAUCCAGAACAUCCUUCAAGAUGGUCUGAAAGCCUAUAAGUUGGAUUUCAUUAUUGGACAGCGACGCAACAAACUAUGGAAUGUCAUAGAGGCCACGGCACGAUCAGGCUCUCCUUCCCGAAUGCCUGACAGCUUGAUGUCUGUGGUAAAGAAAUGUUCCCAAUUAUCAAGUCAAAGCAUAAGGCUCCAUGUCUUCAUCAUAGAUCUGCUAAAUUUCCGUGCUUUAGUAUUCUGGAUUCAUCAUUUGUACGGUUGUGUAGACAUUGUCAAGGAGUUUUAUCAUCAAUGGGGUUUCUUGGCUCUGGCCCAGGGUCCAAUGUAUAAACCACUGUUCCAGGAGCUGCUCCUUUUGCUGCAACCCCUCUCCCUGCUACCAUUUGACCUCAAUCUACCAUGUGAACCUCAAAAUAAGCAAACGAAGCAAAACCAGCCUCAUAGGCUUCUCACCCAGUCAGCUCAGAUCCUUCAGAUGAGCUCUAUUCAGAAGAACCACAAGAGUCCUAUAGGUCGGAGUGAUGUCUUGAGUAAUAAGGUAACAAGUGGGUAUUGGCUCAACCAGACACCCACUUCAGAGUGCGAACCGGCGAUCUGCUGUUCAGACAGCACACGUGAAAAGAAAGAUAAAGAAAUCCAAGGAAUGGAAAAGAGCGAGAUGGGAUCUUCACUGAAGUCUCAAGAGGACAAACCAUCAUUGCGUUGGGCCAGGCUCUUUGGUUCUGUAGGUGGAACACAAGUUGAGCCAAAUCAGGCACAAAAGAACAUGAGUGGAAAUCUGAGAAGCAGGCGACCCUCAGAAUGGUUAAAGAUUGGAGCAUCAAAGGGAUGGGCUUGCACAGUUAGUGUGCACAGAGACUCCUCUUAAGCUGAACCAAAACAGAGACAAAGCAAACACAAAGGAUAUACUGAAUCUAUACUGAGCAAUGGUAAAACAAAAAUAAUAUUUUCAUUUAUUGUAUCCUUUCAUAAUGAACUGACACACACACCAUACAGUCAAUGAAAGUGCACCAUCUGUUCCUGGACACUACACAGAAUGCUGCCUUAUUUCCCAAUCUAUUUGGAAAUUUCACUUAGUUUUAUAAUAGGGUUUGAAGGAUUAACUAACUUUAAGCCAUUACGAGAUGUUAAAAGGAUUUAAGAUUACAAUUAUAAUACUUACUAACAUAAUUGCAGUUAUUUGCAGAGUAAUUUUCUGUAUCUGUAUUGUGCUUCACCCCACAAUACUCUUAGAAAGAAUGUGUUAAUUUUUUUAUCUUUUUGUGUUAAGCUUUUAACACAUAAUGUGUCAUUUUGUGUUGAUUUUGUGUUAAAAUAAAACACAAGUUGUGUUAAAAGUAACACAAAAUGUGUUGUUUCAAUAAUAACAAAGAGAUGGGUGGAUUCUGGGACAACGCUUAGUGUUUUUUUAACACAUCUGUUCUAAGAGUGUACGGAUGAGUCUGAUGUCUAUCAUCACUCAAUCAUAAUACAUGUACAUGACGGUUAGAAGUUCAUCCUAAAAAAUCAUAUAUCUGGAAAAACAUUUAUAUUAAGGUAUUUUUCCGGCAAACCUGACAGCUCAAAAUAUAAAUCAUUAUUAUAAGCUUACCGCUAUAAAUCGAGGUAAGGUAAAGACACAGUUUUGAACACAGACUUUUUAUGUAUUUACUCAACGACUGAUUUUAACAAAGAAAGUAACGUAUUUCGGCUUAAAAUGUAGUCAUAUCAGCUCUGCUGUUGUGUUACUGCUAUUGUGGAUUUAAAAUAAGAAUAUUCCUCAUGGAUUUUUCCAAUAAUUUUCUUUAUUUAUAUAUUCCAUUGCAUGACCAUUUAAAUGAUGAUGCAUGAGUAACAUUGUUUUUCUUAUUAUAUGUUAUGUGCAUUGCAAUCGCCAGUAUUACUGCAUUUUUGCACAAUUAAAUUAUUAACGGAAUAGUUUACCAGUAAAAUAAACAUUUGUAAUUUACUCAUCCUCAUGAGAUAAAUGUGACUUUUCUUUAGAUGAAAUUUUUUUUUUUUAUAUUAAAAUGACAUCAUGUUAUCUUUAUAUGGGGUUCAAAGUUAUGAAGCUCCAAAUAGGACAUUUGAUUAUAAAAUUACUUGUUUGUGUUCACACGUGGAUCAUCUCACUGGAGGGUGGGACACAGGAGGGUGAGUAAAUUAUGAGAGAAAUUAUUAUUUCUUUAAGUUUAACUAUUUUAUUUAGAUAAAGACGCAUGAUGAGUAGAGUAUAUUUAUUAUGUGUUUGACCUGCAGGACUAGUUAAUAGAUGUUGAUGACUAUACUUUAUAGUGCAGACCUGUUAGACCACUCCUGUAAAGAAAAUCGUUUUUCAGUCUUUUGUGGAGUAGGUUCACAAUCUUCUUGUUUUCUUGUAUUGUGACUUGAAAUAAAGAUAUUUUUGUGUGC